AAUUCAAAUGUGCUCCGUCUGUCUCAUUUCAGUUCCAGUGUGCGCACAGCUUCUGGAGGAACAAGAGCUCACACAGGGCAAUGCUGGAGGAAACAAAGUAAGUGUGUUAAGUUUGAGGGAAUAUGAUGUUUUUACGCACAAAUGAUGGAUGCCAUUGAUCCAUACAGCCGCCCCGCGCGCCGGACGCAAUGGAUAGUGAGCACCCUGGCUUACCACUACGGACUGGACCGGGGGGUGGAGAACGAGAUCAUAGUUCUGGCCACCGGCUUGGAUCAAUACCUGCAGGAGAUUUUCCAUCACAUGGACUACCAGGGCGCAGGAAAAGUCUCCGUGGAGGAUUUUAACAUCUUGUGUGAAGUUUUGGGGCUGAACAAAGAGGUGGAUACUGAAUGCAGUUUGGAGAGUUUACCCAGCGAGCUCACUUUCAGACACUUCCACGCUAAAUUGUGCGGAUACUUCAGCACUAAGGCGGGGUGUCAGUAUGAAAACGGCCGGUUGUUGGUGGGGAAGGACAGCGAGCACAUCGAGACUCAGAUCCGCCUGAGGAGCCCUCUGAGGCGGCGGGAGAAGCUGCUGUCUGCCGUGCUGGGUGAAGCCUCGGAGGGUCGGCACGCCUCCGGCUGCAGGCUGGGAUCCUGCACCAAAGAGUGCUAUGAGGAGAUUGUGGCUCUGGAGGAAGCAGAAGACCGAGUAGUGAAGCUGGAGGAUGAGAAUGCGAGUUUGAGGGAGCUGAUCGAGGACAUGAGAGCCGCGUUACAGAGCAGCGAUGCCCGCUGUAUGGCCCUGCAGGUGCUCUACUGGUGCAUGGAGGCGUAUUCCGCGUCUCAUGUCCCACACUCUGCUGUGCACUCUUGCUGCGUCGCUUGGGACUUCAUGUCGCUGUGGGGGGACCUGAUGGGCUGUCUGCCUUUUUAUGUCACCUGUAGUCUGGAUUCCUCAAUGUGGAGCAUGGUGCAGCUCUGCUUCCUCUGUCUCGUUCGAUGGAGGAGGGCGGAAUCUUCGGUGGUGAAGGUGGCCGUGGUGUGCGACGACAAGGCGUUGAAGAAGCUGAUGUCUCACUACGGCAGCUCCAGGAGCGAGGAGAGCUGCAGCGCUGUGCUGGAGCUGCUGGAGAGAGUGACCCGGCUGAACAAACAUCUGGAGCUGAAGGAGGGCCGCGCCGAGGUAGACAUGGAGCAGAUGAAGGACUCUCUGGUGCAGGAGCUCCAGCAGAAGGCCGAGGAGACGGAGCUGCUGCAGGUGGAGCUUCAGAUGCUGGAAACUGAGAGGGUUCGUCUGUCUCUGGUGGAGGAGAAGCUGGUCGACAUCCUGCAGCUCCUCCAGCAGCUCAGAGACCUGAACGUCUCGCGGAGGUCUCUGGGGAAAAUCCUGCUCAGCACGCUGGGCUGCUGCAGCGACCCUCAGCACGGUAAAGCCCACAUCCUGGAGGUGCUGAACGCUCUCUACCAUGAGCUGGCUGCCUGUGAGAUCCUCUCUGCUGCUGGUCCUCUGGAGAGAACGCAGAGUCAGCAGUCUCUGAACGCCCUGGUCAUCUCCUGCUGAACACCGCCUCCUGCUGGGCCAGUCCAGCUGUGUACAGUGUAUUAUAUUGUAGCAUUUAUACUCCUCAGAUCCUAUUAUCUAUAAAGGGAUUUUAGCCUAGAUGCAUUAACUAGUAUAGCAAAGGGGCUUCAUUACAUAUUAACAUUCCAGUUGCCCUCGGUCAAAUCUGACCCGUUUCUAAAUGGACUAUUUUAGCUUAUUGCCACAAAAACAACAUGGAGGAUUUCAUACUACGUUCUUUGUAAGAAAAAUGAAUGGUCACUACUUUCAUUGAAUUCUGCGUGUUUUUGUUUUUUUAUUUAUAGUAUCUGGUGUCAUUACAUGCUGCCAUCAAAUAUUUGAAAUGGUUUUAAAACAGUAUCAUGACUAAAUGUUGACAUGUAAUAGUGUAUUCACCAAGAUGGGUUCCACUGAACUAAAGUCAAAGUAAUAGUUGUUUUUGCCUUUUAUAACUCAAAAAUAAGGUUUAGUUUUGUGUAAAUGAGGUAUAUUGACCAUAAAUCCCAUAAACAAGUAAAACUUGUGUUGUGAAUUGGAACUAAGUUUAAAAUGUGCACAGAAAUGGGUGAUGAUGUGCUUUAUAGACCGUGAAACCAGGACAAAAGUUGCACAGUUGACGGGAAGACAACCCAUACAUUAAGAAAAAAUGAUGCAUAUACUACGUUUAUUUCAUGAUCUUCUAAUUGUACAUAACUCUUUCAUGAUCCAAUAUGGAUUUUCUUUUUUCCACAACAAAGUGCUGAAUGUGAACAUGUUAAAUAAGCUAAACUUUAAAAGGGCAUAAAGGCAGUCUGUGAAAUGGAUCAACAUUUAAACCUUCCUCAUUCAUGUAAAUGGUCAGAAGUAGCAUGACAAGGUAGUGUUUCUACAAAGUUUUUACACCAAUACUUUGGAGAAAACACUUUGUGUUUACUUUGUGACACUAAGGCAUGAUGAAGUUCUACAUAAAUGUUAUGGAUACAGUAUAUUUGCCAUUAACCUGCUAAGCUUUUUGAUGUGUUGAGGUUGGAUGUUAAUGUUGACAUCUUGAGACUUGGUCUAUUGUGGUGCUAAAAUAGGACAUGGUUAACAUGGGAGGGGACAAGGGUGGCCAAAAUGCAUAAUUCGUUCUGGUUUCUGUGAGCCUUAAGUAAACAGGCUUAUCAUGUAUUCAGGUUAUUGAAUUGGGUUUCAUUUAGUUGCCAUACGCUGGUCAAACAUAUUUGAAUUGAAGGGCCAUUUUUUGCAGCAGCUGAAUUGGGACACAGCUACUGCUUGUCGCUGAUCACAGAACAAUCUACAAGUCAGAUAGAUUCUCCGACAUGUUGACAACCAACAAGAACGAUUCAAACAAACAAUACUUCGACAAUUCACUGUCAUUGCUGUUUUCUAAUGAGAGAUGCAAAACCACUCACUGGUGUUAUUAAAUCCUGCCAUUAAAGCCUUUGAAUACA